AUGGUGGUAUAUCCCGCAUUGGUAGCUAGCGCUUAUGCCACGAUUCGCCUACUCCGCGAUGUGUUGGGCUGUAAACUACCAAUCAAGAUCUGGUUUUCCCCCGACGAAAUUCGCAAAACGCCGGGAUCGCUUGCACCACUACAUACACUUAACCAGACAGCUACUGGCGACGUUAUGCUUCGAGAGAUCAAUACGAAUGGCAAACCGAUGCGGUUUGAAUCGAAAAUAUUUGCAAUUUACCAUAGCAGCUUCGAGGAAGUGCUGUUUUUGGACGCCGACAAUGCUCCAAUGGGCGCAGUCUUUUGGCCGGACUAUUGGCAUCCGCAGAACACCAUGUUCUACAUUAGCUCUGAAUCCGUCGUCUGGCAAUUACUGGACAUGCCUUUUGUCGAUAUGUUUGAGCAAGAAAGUGGACAGCUGCUCAUCGAUCGUCGUCGCCAUUCAGUCCCACUCCACCUCGUAUCAUUCUACGCUUUCCACCAGCCCAAUUACUUUCAGCUGCAGCGACUUGCAUGGGGUGACAAGGAUCUGUUUCGUUUCGCGUGGCUGAAGCUCGAGGUUCCAUUCUUCAUGGUCCAGACUCCGCCUUCUAUUGCCGGGACGGUGAUCGGAUGGUCAUUUUGCGGAAUGACGAUGGUGCAACAUGAUACCAAUGGCAAUGUGCUCUUUCUGCAUAGAAAUCAACGCAAACUGAUGGGGAAACUGCACCCCAAGCUGGUUGAGGCACUCGACAAAAAGCUAUCGCUGGUCGGGAUCGAAGCUUUACUGGACGAUGGCAGACCGGAUCCUGAGAUUUGGACGCACUUGUUGUCCUUCCGCAACACGUCGGCGCGCUCAGAGUAUAUGGUGUACGGUGAGAGUGGGUUACCAGGUUUUCCGAAGUGGCAACGUUGCUACGGGCGACGGGAUUUGGAUCGGAACCCACACUUUUACACUCAAAAGUUCUCUGACCUGAGCUUUGGAGGGAUAGAAAAGCAGCUACGUAAAUAUGCGUUCGAGGCCGUGCAACUUCAGCAGCAAAAAUGA